AAAAUGUGGGUAACUAGGGUGGGGAUACCGAGACCCUAAGGCAGCUUUACCCCCCCAGUUUUCUCAGAAGGUGUGGGACCUCACUGUGGCAAGCCUGGGCCGCGGGCACUAAGAUGUCCCUAAGCAGUGGCACUGCAGGCGGGAAAGGUGUGGACUCGAAUGCGGUGGACACUUACGAUAGCGGCGAUGAGUGGGACAUAGGCGUCGGCAAUUUGAUCAUUGACCUCGACGCCGAUCUAGAGAAGGACCAGCAAAAACUGGAAAUGUCUGGAGCUAAAGAAGGAGGAGGCAUGGCAGCGCCAACCAGUGCUGUGGCAACCCUGCCCGAUAACAUCAAGUUCGUUAGCCCCGUGCCAACCCCCCAGGGCAAGGAGAGCAAGUCUAAAUCAAAGAGGAGCAAGAACUCCAAAGACAGCGGCAAGGCCUCUUCAGGCGAAGGGGGCAAGAGGGACUCCCAAGCGCGCCCCCCUGGGGAUAGCACAACAUCCACGGGCACGGCUGGUUCCAGCAACCCCCCAACCAGCAAAAGCACGGACAAAAGUGCCAAAGCCUCCCGCAGCGCCCCUAGUGGCAAGAAGGAGAGCAGUUCUGGGAAAAACAAGAAGGAUAAAACUGAAGGAGCUGCAAGCUCCAGUGAAAAGGAGGCCAGCAUACAAGGCCUAGCUUUAGCUGCCAGAGGUGUGCAGUUUGAGGCCCCUCAGAGUGCAGACUUGGCAGCAGCCGAACAGCUUGGGAAUAUGGCCGUUGAAUCCAGUGGGAUUGCAGCUCCGUUGGGGAUUAAAACUGAACCUGAGGAGCUGAACAAUGAAUCCCGGACACUGAAGAAAGUUAAAACAGAAAAGAUGGAGUCUCCAGUCUCCACGCCUGCCCCUCCCCCGCUGCACCUCCUGGCUCCUGUGGGAAACAAUGACAUCGCCUCCCCCUGCGAGCAGAUCAUGGUGCGCACGCGCUCUGUCGCCGUCAACACUUCCGAUGUUGCCUUGGCAACAGAGCCAGAGUGUUUAGGACCCUGUGAACCCGGGACCAGUGUAAACCUGGAAGGGAUCGUUUGGCAGGAGACGGAAGAUGGAAUGCUUGUGGUCAAUGUGACCUGGCGGAACAAGACCUAUGUGGGGACGCUGCUGGACUGUACGAGGCACGACUGGGCACCGCCACGGUUCUGUGAGUCGCCCACCAGUGACCUGGAGAUGAGAAAUGGCCGGGGAAGGGGAAAGCGGAUGCGGCCCAAUAGCAACACUCCUGUGAACGAGAACAGCAACUCAUCUGACACCAAGGGCAGCAGCGGCGGCAGCAAGACACGGGCGGGCUCCAACAGCAAGGGCCGCCGCGGGAGCCAGACCUCGUCGGAGCACCGCACACCGCCCAACAGCAACACCGAGGACGUCAAGGCCAGCCCGUCCUCGGCCAAUAAGCGGAAGAGUAAGCCGGCCUCGGACAUGGAGCCCAACUCCAGCUCGGAGGACACCAAGGGGAGCAAGCGCAUGCGCACCAACUCCAACAGCAGCGUGCCCCCUCCAGCCAUGCCCGUGCCUGCCGUGAAAUCUGAGCCCCUUCCACCUCCCGUUGACCGCAACUGUCCUUCGCCCAUCCUCAUUGACUGUCCGCACCCCAACUGCAACAAGAAGUACAAGCACAUGAAUGGCUUGAAGUACCACCAGGCUCGCGCCCACAACGAAGAGGGCAUUAAGCAGGAGAUGGAUGGGGACAGCGAGUAUGGGGAGGACUCUACGCUUCAUCCUGAGCCUGGGAGUUGCAACGGAGCCUCCGUUUCCCAAAAAGGAUGUCUUUCGCCAGCACGGUCUGUUACGCCAAAAGGUAGAGGUUUUGAUGGCCAUAGCCCAUCCCCUUCUCCUGGAAAGUUUAGCUCUAAGCAAUCCAGCAAGAAGAAAUCUUGUGACGCAGACCAGGAAUCUGUUGGGGUCCCCAUAGAUGGAUCUGAAGAUGGACCCUGCCUCACGGACGAGGCUAGCAACGACGGUAUGGAUGAUAAGAAAGGGUCUGACAAGGACAAGUCAAAGAAGCCCAAUAGUGGGAGUGCCAAGCCUGACAAGGUCCAGCAAAAGAGUUUGAAGUCUGCCAGACCCAUAGCUCCAGCCAUACCUCCCCAGCAGCUCUACACUUUUCAGACAGCUACCUUCACCACAGGCAGCCCGGGUUCCUCUCCAGGCUUGACCACCACCGUUGUCCAGGCCAUGCCCAAGAGCCCUCAGCUGAAAGCCAUCCAACCCAAGCCCACUGUGAUGGGAGAGCCCUCCACUGUGAACCCAUCUUUGAGCAGCUCCAAGGACAAGAAGAAGAAGGACAAGAAGAAAAAAGAGAGUAAGGAUGCAGACAGUCCCAAUCCUUCUGGUAAAGGAGGAAAACCAGAGGAAGGAAAGAGCCCUUACUCUGAGUCUUCUGAUCCUGGGAGCAAAAGCGACGGGAUGUUGAAUGGUUCUUCAGAUCCCCACCAAAGCCGCCUGGCCAGUAUCAAGGCCGAGGCGGACAAGAUCUACAGCUUCUCAGAUAACGCUCCUAGUCCGUUGAUAGGUGUGGCUAGCCGGCUUGACAGUACUGGCAUGGUCCAGCCAAUGGCUCCUCUUCAUGUAGUGACCCAAAAUGGUGCGGACAAUUCUUCGGUCAAGACAAAUAGCCCAGCUUACUCUGACAUUUCCGAUGCAGGGGAAGACGGGGAAGGCAAAGCAGACAGUUUAAAGGCCAAGGCAGAUGACCAGGCCAUAAGGGAAGGGGCUAAGAAAGCCCUCUUUCCUUCCCAAACCCCUAGCAAGGAGUCUCCUUUCUAUUCAGGCUAUGAAGCCUACUAUUCUCCUAACUACACCAACCCCAGCCCGGGGGCUUCCAAUUCUAACACAUCGCUGGCAGAAGGCCAGCCUGUAAAAAUAAAGAAAGAAGAGGAAGCAGAACCCAUCGACACAAAGGUGAAAGUGGAACCUCCGGAAGAGCGGAAGCCUGAAGUUAGCAUGCCUUGCCAACAGCAGCAGCCCUCUGUCAUUCAACAACGCUCAAACAUGUACAUGCAGCCCCUGUACUACAACCAGUAUGCCUAUGUUCCACCCUAUGGAUACAGCGACCAGGCAUAUCACGCCCACUUGAUGGCUUCCAAUCCAGCAUACAGGCAGCAGUACGAGGAGCAUCAGAGGCAGAGACAAGCAACCGAGCAGCACCGUAUGGCCGAGAAGAAGUCAGACAUGGCCAUGAGAGAGAGGGAGGCAGCCAUGAAGGAGGAGUGGAAACAGAAGGCCUCUAUCCCUCCCACUCUCUCGAAGGCCCCCAGCCUCACGGACCUUGGCAAGCCGGCGCCACCGAGCAAGCCUAAAGACUCUGAUUCAGAGCCGGCAAAGUCGGUCAUAAUCCCCAAGGUAGAGGACUCUUCCUCCUCCUCAUCUUCCUCUUCCUCCAAGAUCCAGUCCCAGCAGGCAGAGGGGCUGAAGAUGAAGCUGAGCGAGGGCAGCCAUCAUAGCAAGGAGACGUCCGAGGCGAGGUCCAGCAUGGAGUCUAGCAGGCAGCCUGCAGUGGACCAGGCCAUGUGGUACAGACAGGAGCCCGACUCCAGAAUGUGGCCCUACGUCUAUCCUAACAAGUACCCCGAUUCUCAGAAGCAGGAAGAGGAGCAGCGGUGGAAGGAGGAACGUGAGCGGGAGCGCAAGGGGAAGGAGGAGAGGCCCAGGCCCAAGGAGACUGCCCCGAAGGAGGAGAACAAGGAGAGCAUGGACCCCCGACUAGCCAUGCCCCCGUCGGAGGACCAUCGCAGCAAGGACCCCCGGUCCACCACCCACAUGCAGUUCACCUCCCACCUGGCGCAGCACCAGUCCUACAUGCCGUACAUUCACGGGUACCCCUACGCACAGGGCUAUGACCCUAAUCACCCGGGCUACAGGGGCAUGCCCUCUGUCAUGAUGCAGAACUACCCAGGUUCCUACCUGUCCUCAGGCUACUCCUUCUCCCCCUAUGGCAAUAAGAUGCCGGGCAGCGAAGAGGGAGAGAAGUCUCGAUCCAGCCCCACGGUGAGCAGUAAAUCCAGCUCCGAGUCCAAGGCCCUGGAUAUCCUGCAGCAGCACACCAGCCAUUACAAGAGCAAGUCUCCCACGGUGAGCGACAAGCAGGCCCACGAGCGGGAGCGAGAUGAGCGGCCACGCUCCUCUCCAUCACAACGCCUGAUGACCUCACACCACCACCUGGGCUACCCACUGCAGUACGAUCUACCCUACGCAGCAGGCCUCUCAUCUUCAGCCAUCAUUGCCAGUCAGCAGGCCUCAGCCCCUUCGUUGUACCCACCACCGAGGAGGUGAGACAGGGAGAGACCUGAUUCGAUCAACUUCAUGUUGAAACGUGUCAUGUGACUGGAUCACAUGAGGAAGCUUGUGGCGUUCAUUUAGCAUCAGUUGAAUGGUGUUUCUAUUUUUUUUUUUUGUUGCUGCCAUAACGUCGGGCAGACUGUUGUCCUUCUAGCAUCUACUUCUUAACUCUGGACUUUGAGAGCUGGUACAAACAAUAAACCACAAAGCCAUCUACGUUGAUUUUACACACAGAACUAGCCACUAAACCUGGUUUUUGCACUGUGGACCCAGUGAACACAAAAAACUAAAAACAAACCUGAAAAGACUAUUCUUUUGAUAGCAUUGUUUUUAUAUCAGCAGCAGUCGACAAGGCCCUACAGGAAUUGUUGGCUGAACCAAGCCUUAGUUUCCCGCUUUCCACUGAACGGACGCUGCACCCCUUUUCUGAAGACUACAGCGAUUUUCUACCGUCGAUCCGAUACAGACAUGUUUGUUGGCCAAGGGUCGUGUCUUUGAAGCCCCUCACACACGCAUUGUCUGUGCAAGCAGAAGCCAUUUCGAGAUCUUGCAAAAAUGCAUUCCGAGAUAUCUGAAACAUUUCAACGAAUCAAAAAACCCUCUUCUUUUUUUUUUUUUUUUUUUUUUAGAUAUUUUAAAACACUGCUUACUUCAGGAGUUUAAUCUUGAAUUUGAAAUAUCUUUAAACGAGCUGCAGCAGGUAUAUUUUGUGUGUGAAUAAGAUGCCUGUGAAUAGUUACCAUAUAUAAAUAUAUAUAUUCUCAAAGGAGAAUGAGAUAUCUUUAGGUUUGUUUUAUCUUGAAUUAAUGGUGAUUUCUCAGUAUGACUUGCUUUUCAUAGAUAUCCUGUUUUUAUUUUUUUAUUUUGAACUGUCUAGCCGAGGUGGCUUACAGACAUGAACCCGUCACGGUUUACAGCAGUGUCUGUGCAUCCGUUAUCCACUGUGCUAAUGCUGGCUGUUUUAAAAGGGAUAGUCUGUGCAACUAUUACUUCUGCCUGCUUUUAAGUGGAAUGAUCCACUGGAUUGUGCCUGGGCUUGUCACCUUCUGAGCUACACACAUCACAGAGAGUUUUAACAGUCUUGUGUUAUAAAAGGAAUGCACAACAGGGGGGGCAGUUGAGUAAAAAUAAACACGGUCAAAUGAGUAUCUCAAGUCGGGGACCUUCCACACAGUUACUCCAGUUGCCAGUACCAUGCAAUAGAAAGGAAACAACAGAGAACCAGUGCAACGUCCCAAUGCCUCUGGAGUUGAAAUUAUUUACACUUCAUUAACAGUUUAGGGAUUAUCACAGGGAAAUAUUUCCAUUUUUUUCACGUCUACAGAUUCAAGAAAUGGGUGUGGCAAAGAACUAUGGGAGUUGUAGUUUUAAAUUGGCGCUAAAUAAAGAUGGCAGAGCUUGGUGGCUCCCAAUAUCCACCGUUGGUUCUUCUGAUUGUAAAACAGCAUGUGUGUGGUUGUUUUUUUUUAUUUUAUUUUUUUAUAACUGCAACAUGGUGGCUGGUCGUCUUGUAAAAUCACCUUCAAUUUGAAUAAAAAAUCAGAAAUCUGUUUUAUAAAUAGCUGUUUUUUUUUUUUUUUUUUUAACAAUGGUUCUGUGCCGGGGAAUAUGUAUUUUAGGAAGUGUAUUACAUUUGCAAUCUGCCCAAUCAUUGCGGAACGAGCAAAUAAAGGUACCCUUCUCAGUUUCAGUAAAUUUUUGCACUAGUCUUAAGUGAAGUCUGAAAUACUGAGAUUCAUACCUGUUUCUAAUUCAAUUGCGGUCACAGCCUUUGCUGAUUUAUUCAAAUUGGACUUUUGUAACACUACACAACAACAGUUUUGAAUCCCCAGAUAGUCUGUAAUGAUUAUGUACUCAAUUGGAGGCAGUCUCCACCAGAAAUCUGUAUUCAGUACACAGGAGGCUAAAUCCAUUACGCUGUGGAUGUGUUACUGCUUUUACAUUGCUUGCUUUGGAAAAGUCUGGGAAAAUCCUUUGUGUACACAUAGAAUUCAUCACCUCUAAAUAGCCUUUUCAUCACUAUUUCUCUUUGUGCGUAUUAUAACACUGAAAGCAUUACCCUGCUGUGUGUGCGUUCUGCAUACUAAGAUGUACCAGAGUUUGUAUCUAUCUCUCUUUCUCUGUCCCCCACUCUCUCUCUCUUCCACACACAAUGUGGUUUUUGUAUAUAUUGUACAGAGGAAUUAUUUUAAAAAUCUGUUGGAUGCUAUUGAACAUUUUUUGUAAAAAGAACAGUAGCUGACGUAACAACUUUCUCUCUGCAGUGCUGUGAUUUAAUUUAAUUUUUUUCAUCCGUUUCUUUUUAAACCUUAUUUUUGUACAGUUUUGUGCCCGUCUAGAAACCUCAAAAUGAGAGCCACUGUUUUUACCCUACCUCUGUACGGAUGUCCUUUUUUAGGUAAGAAUUUGGAAGGCGGGAAUGCUAGCGCUCCCAAGUCCCUUGUUGCAGUAGCCAUGGUCGGUGUCACUGUCACUACAUGCUUUCCCUGGUUUUCAUUUAUGUUGUGAGAUGAUCAUAGAGCCAGUCAUAAAUAUUAUUGAUAUGCAGGAUGUUAAGAGAGUCAGAAAGGCACUUUGCAUUCUGGUGAGAAAAAAAAAAAAACACAAACUGAUUUUGAAGUAUCUGACAAGAGAAGUCUCAAACUGCUCCAUUCUUCUGUUUUUAAUAUUAUCUUUAUGGUAAGCUUUUAAUGCAGUGGCAGCUACAGCGCCCUCUAUGUACUGUAGGUUGAUAGUGCUAGAAUAUUGUAGCAUCCUUUGCUGCCUUAACCUGCCACCUGUUUUGUUUUGUUUUUUUUCUCCACAACAGCUGCACAGUGGAUUUACAAUCCAAAACAGUAUGUUUAGAGGGUUUGUUACUGAAUAGCCUGGUCUCCGUUUAUAUUUACAGAUAUCUGGGCCUGUGGUAGGCAGCUGUAUGAAAUCUCCUCUUCCACUACCUAAAUAUUCCCUGGUUAAAGAAUUCAUAAAGGCAGCCUGUUUUAACUUUAAAGUGGAGAAAAAACAUAAGAAUUGCAUUGUGUGUAAUGUACUGUUGGGUUCCUGUUUAUUACAUGUAUAUUUGAAAGUGAAACGCUUGAAGGGCUAAGUAUCAAAGUGGCAUUUCCUUUUUUUGAGAAGAAGCUUAUUUCUCUUUAGACUGUAACAAGGCGUUGUUUUUCUUUUUUUUUAAAUAUCGUUUUAUUGCUCUUCCAACCCAUAAGUUGUCUCAAAUCAAUUUGAGCUGAACUUUUUUUUUUUUUUUUUUUUUUUGCUGCUCUCCUCAGGAUGUGAUGUUUUUACACUGCUGUGGGGUAUACAGUACUGGGAUACAUUUAUACAUGUGGAAUUAGUGGUCUACAAUUGUCAUCACAUAGUUUCCAAACUGAGCGAUGCCACUUUUCUACUUAUCCUUUCCUUUGCUUGGAUGUUGCCUGGCAACCCCAAAUAUAGACUGUUCCUGGCUGUAACUCUGAUGCGCCGCCCACUUUAGAUUUAUGUGGCUGAGCCCAGGUGAACUUGGUGCAUCUGAAGUGUUGGAGCGUUUUCCUCUGUAUGAAAGCGGCACCAGUGGGCCACGAGAGUGCAAUCGUAAAUAAAUUGACCACCGGUCCGAAGCAUUGCAGGCUGUAUUCCAAAACAAGGGACUCCACCUAUCCUAACCCCUCACAGUCUAAACCUCCCAUGUCAACUAUUUCUGCAGAUGCUACUGUGAUUUCAAGUUUUGUAACUACAAAACAAGAAAACUGUCAUAUUAAUGGUGAACUCUACAAAAUCUUAGUUACUGAAACUGCUAUGAUAUCAUUUUACCUCAGAGAGAAUAGUGACCAUCAGGUGGACAUUGAGGGUGGAUAGGCAUAUGCAAUAUUACAGUGGAAAGAAGCCUACAAAGCCUUGGUUUGGUAUACAGUAUGUGGUAUUCAGCCCUGUGUUACUUUGAAUGUUGGCUGCUGAAUUGGUAUACCCUUCAAUGCUUGUGAUGUUCUGCUUUUGUGCACACUUUACUAAAGUAGGUGUAUAGCUAUACCAGUUUCUGAAAGUCAACAAAAUCAUGCAACCCCACUGGCUGCUAAAUUUGCACCUGCUCAGGUCAAUUUUCCAGUUGUCUUUUUAAAAUGUCUUGUCUUCAGUUUUUUUUUUAAAUACCUUCAACAAAAAUGUAAUGAAAUUUUCCACCAAAUGGAAUAGAAUGGGUUUCGAGCAGUAUAAACAGUAAGGGAUGUCUACAACAAGUUAAUGUCUGUGCUGACUAGAAAUCUUUUUCAGUUUUUUCAUGUUUUUUUAAGAUACAAAAUGUUGAGGUUCAACCUAGUUCUGUUGGUAGUAAUUUAACAAUGUGUUUACCUUUGCACCCAGAAUCACAAAGCUGUUGUAAGAGUGCUACAGCCAGGAAGAAAGCACAUGGUUUCAAUGUGUGUGAAAAUGUUUCUCUGAUGACAAAGCCAUUGCUCAGCCCUGUUUGGAAAUGGUGCUUUGACAGACGUCACUUACCAGCAAGAGAAGGGAAGUGCUCUUUUACUGCGGAUUCUGUUUUGCUUUCUUUAAAUCCGUACGGUUUUGUUUGUUCCUUCCUUUUUCUCUCCUGACCGCCCCCCCAGUCAAACACAGGGGUGAUGGAAUUCAUAACCAUCAUCAGUACUUGAAAGGUAGAUGUUUACAUUUUUUUUUUUUUUUUUUUUUUGACUGCUGCGUUUGAUUUUAUCCUCUCCAAGUUUUCUGUAUGUAAAGUGUACAUUACCAUGUUUCUUUUUUUAUACAUACUGUAAUUUGCCUUUGUACAUUUAGGCAAACAAAAAUAAAUCUUUUUAUGAGACAAUCACAUAUGUCCUUUUGCUGGCUCCCUUUAUUACACUGAAUUGAAAAACAUUCAAAAAUAUGUAUUUACAUUACUUUAAUGUUUUGAGGUCCUUUAGAGUAAUAUAUUGUAAAAGAUAAAGAAUAAUAGUGUAUUGGAAUGCAGAAUGUGUGACUAAUUUGGAAUCCAUGUAAUGAUCCCAACUGUCCUCAAAUGCAAAGUUUUAUUUCCUGCAGGAUAUUGGCAGGUGAUUUACUUCUCGUCUCUAGAGGGAGCCCCUCUACCCAGUCCAAAGAACCCAGAACUCUGAUUGGUUAAUCUGUCUGUUUCAGUAAUCUGGUGUUGUAAAGGAAUGGGAAUUACAGAAUUAUGCAUGGUGCACGCAACCUUUUCAGUGCCUGUGACAAAGUUUAAUUCACUGUCUUCUAAUGUGUCAUAAA